AUUCCUGCGCUUCAAUUACUCUUAAAUAGACCGCUCUCUUCUACAGAGUAUUCCAGCAACUAUCACAUACUUCUUUACAACCUCACUGCCGCCAAAAUGACCACCAGCGUGGAACUUAACGAUCAAAUCUCUAUCCCCAUCCUCGCCUAUGGCACCGGCACAGCCUGGUACAAGUCCGCAAGCGACACUACAGUCAACCGCGAACUAGUCGAAGCUAUCAAAACCGCCAUCCGCCUGGGCUACCGCCAUCUCGACGGCGCCGAGGUCUACGGCACCGAAGCGGAAUUGGGAGUCGCGAUUAAGGAAAGCGGGGUUCCGCGCGAGGAGCUCUUCGUGACGACCAAGGUUAUCACGAAUAUCGCGGACAUCCAGGGCGCUAUUAAGAGCAGCUUGGAGAAGUUGCAGUUGGAUUAUGUCGAUUUGUAUCUAAUUCACUCGCCUUUCUUCGCAAAGUCCGAUGCGGACCUUCAGUCUGCUUGGAAGGAAUUGGAACAGAUUCAGCAAUCUGGGAAAGCUAAGGCCAUUGGUGUCUCGAAUUACCGUCGUGAACACCUCGAAGCUACCCUUGCGACAGCAUCUAUCACUCCUGCUAUCAACCAGAUCGAAUACCACCCCUACCUCCAACAAGGCGAUUUACUGCCCUUUCACCGCGAAAAGAGAAUCAAGACAGCUAGUUACGGUCCCCUGACCCCCAUUACCCGUGCGGCCGGAGGCCCUGUUGACGCGAAGGUGAAGGAGUUGGCAGGAAAGUAUGGAGCUUCCGAGGGGGAUGUGUUGCUACGGUGGUCGAUCGAGAAGGGGGAUGUUGCGAUUACGACUAGUGGGAAGGAGGAGAGGUUGAAAGAGUAUCUUCGUGUGUUGGAAUUUCAGUUGGAGGAGGGGGAAGUAGAAGCGAUUACGAAGCUUGGGGGGGAGAAGCACUAUCGGGCUUUCUGGAAGAAGCAGUAUGGGGAGGAAUAAGCGUUCGAUUCCAUGUUGAGGGUUUUGUAUUCCGUAGAGGACACGAGAUGGCGUGGUACACACAAAAACAUGCAAUCGAUCUCACCUGUUUGGGCUGAUUAGAAUAGUAAGCAUCCCCUGAAAACAGGAUUUUCUUUCGUAGAUCGAAAAUGGCCUAU